CCAAAUUGACCGAACUUGUUUCUUGAUUACAGAUAUGCAUCUUAUUCUAGAGCUGGUGCCGAAUCAUUCAAGUGAUCAACACGAAUGGUUUAUGGAGAGUCGGCUCAGUAAAGACUCGCCAUUUAGUGAUUACUAUAUCUGGGCAGAUGGAGACAAUGGAGAACCGCCGAAUAAUUGGAUCAGUAUGUACGGAGGUUCUGCGUGGACGUACAUGUCCGCACGCAAUCAAUGGUACCUGCACACGUUUUCGGAAAAUGAGCCGGAUUUGAACUACAGAAAUCCAAUGGUGGAAAAAGAGAUGACUGUAAGUAUGAAUACUGUGUCAAUUUCAGUUAGACCUACUCUAAUUUCAGUAAAAAUACUCUGCUACAAAAUUCCGUGGUGGAAGAGAUUGAGUUGUCGGCUUCCGAUUAGUUACUCGGCUUCAAAAUAAGUAGGUUGGUUUCUU